GUCGCACGCGCCCAUGGCGCAAGCAGAGCGGCCUGCGCGCAGCGGCAGCCGCGGCGCCGAGCGCGACGCCGCUGCCGACGCCCAGGCGCACGCCGGCGCCCUCGUGCCGCGGCAAGACAGCGCCAGCUGCGGCGUCGCCUCUCUGCCGCGUCUCCCACCAGAACUCCUCUCGCACAUCGUCUCCUUCCUCGCGCCCGCCUCGCUCGCCAACGACCCGCUGGCGCACCGCACGCUCGCCGCGCUCGCCUGCACGUCGCGCCUCAUGCGCCACUGGGCGCUGCGCGUGCGCUACGAGACGCUCGUGCUGCCAAGACACGUGCGCGACUUUCGCCGCUGGUACGGCCGCAUACGCGCCGCCGAGCCGCCGUUUGUCUGUGCGGGAUAUACACGCGCCCUCUUCUCGGGGCUCGACGACGUGUCGCGUCUCACCGCAGCGUCGAGCGGCUGGGAGACUGAGUUCCUCCGCUUGCUGCACUAUCUCGGGCGGCACAUCACCCAUCUCUCUCUCUGGCACGCCGAGUCGCGCUGUCUGCUGCGCGACCACUCCCAAGUGCACCGCCCGCGUCCUCGGCAAGCAAACGGCAAGCGCUCCGCCAUUCCGCGCCUGCAGCCGUCGUGGGCGUGGGGCGAGGGGCUGCACUUCUCCGACGACGACACUUCCGACUCUUCCUCCUCCUUCUCCUCUGAGGGCGAAGAGCAAGGCGAGGAGCGCUCUGCGCAAGGGCAGGGCACCGAGCUUGCGGCGGCGGCGGCGCCAGACGAGGCGCUGCGAGCUCGGCAAGCGGCCGCCGCGGCGCGCGAGCGCGCGCGCGCCGUGCCGCCAAAGUGGCUGCUCGACGAGCUGGCGUCGGAUGCGCAGGCGGCGCAUCGGCAUCGCGCCCACCUGCCCGCCGAGCCGCUCGAGGACCUCAAGGUGCCGCACCAGCGCGCACAGGCGACGCGCGAGAGCUGGGGCUGUGCGCCGCAGAGCAUCAGUCUCUGUGUGGGCGGCCCGCACGUCGAGGAUCGCAACUGGCCGCGCCUGAAGUUCUGGCGGAGAUGCAGGGAGCUGGAUCUAUUCGUGCCAGUGACGACGUACGUGCCGCGCGUCCUCACGCUGCUCUCGACACUGCAUCGGCUGCCUCUGGUGCGCCUGCGCAUCUCCUCGCCCCACGCCACGCUGCUCCUUGCGCUGCCUCCCUUCUCGCGGCGCACACGCGGCGGCGCCCCUGCCUCGCCCUUCGACGACGACGCGCCCGGCGACGCCGCAGACACUGCCGCCGCCGCCGACGACGACGACGCGGCGCCUCUAGCGCCGCCCAAUCUCGCGCACAGCCUGACGCACCUCUCGAGCUGCGCGGGCCUCAAGUCGGCCGUGCUGGCCGAGUUUGCGGGCACGCAUCUCGACGACAUUUCCAUCCUCGAGGGCCUCGUCACGAGCCUCGUGCUGCUCGGCGCCGACGCGCCGCAUCUCUGGCGCGCCCUGCCCGCCGGCGCCUGCUGUCCGCUGCACUGCGCCGAGCCGGCGAGUCCGCCGCGCCUGCGCGGAAGCACGGGAGAGGAGCGCAUCCGCGUGCGCAUCCACCAGCGGGGCCAGAGCACAUGGGGCCGCCUGGCGACGCGCCGCAGCGACUUUGUGGAGCGUGCGUAUGCAGGCGGCAUGGGCGCGUGGAAGACGCUGGGCGCGUGGGAUGAUUGAAAGAGCCGGCCGGCCAGCCUAGCCGAGCCUUGUCUCUCACAACACGGAUGGAGUCUAAUCAUCAUGAGCUGAUACCCCCCGUCUCGUCUCCUCCGCCACGCUUUUGCCCCCCCCCCCC